AUGGCGCCGCGUGUGCUGCACCUGGCAUGCGCGGUUGCGUUGACAGGGCCCGCCUUUGUGCUGCGGCGCGCCGCGCCGAGCAGCGUAGAGGUGCCGGCGACCUAUGCAGAGCAGUUCGCUGGGGUGCUCCCAGAUGACUUCUCUUGGGAGGACUUCCUCGAGGCGUCCCAGCGCCCGGUGCGGCCCUGCGUGCGGGUGAACUCCCUGCGGGGCGGCUGCCGCCAGCGCGUUCAGCGGCUCGGGGCUUUGCAUGGCUGGCGACUGGGCGCCGCGGUGCCCUGGGGCGUGGGCGGCUUCUGGGUGCAGCAAGUUAACGUCCCUUCACUGGAAGAGGAGGAGGAGCUGCCUGCGGCUUGGGCGAAGAUGGCUCGCAAGAAGGUCCAAGGUCGGGCGAAGAUUCCCGCGCGCCCGGAGGCCUCGAGGCCGGCGGCCAUUGGCUGGGGAAGCGACCCGGCCUUCGUCAGUGGCCAGGUUUAUGUGCAGGAGGCCUCCUCGCUCCUCCCAGUGGCGGCGCUUUUGGAUGCCUUCCAGGAGCCGCCGGAGGGGCUCCGAGUGCUGGACAUGGCAGCGGCGCCGGGGGGCAAGACCACGGCGCUCUGCGCCUGGCUGGCAGGGAAAGGAGCGGUUGUGGCCAAUGAGCCCAACGUGGCGCGGUGCAAGGCGCUAGUGGAGAAUUUGCUGCGAACUGGCUCCGCUCCUCAUGCGGCUGUGACGCAGAUGGAUGGCCGGCAGUGUGGCAAGCUCUGGCCAGGCCACUUUGAUGCUGUGCUGCUGGACGCGCCCUGCAGCGGCGAGAGCCUCACCCGCCGGGGGGAGGCAGAGGCGCUGGCGCCAAAGCCGCAGUACGUCGAGGGCCUGUCCAAGCUGCAGCGCCAGCUCAUCAGCAGCGCCUUCCAGGCCCUGAAGGUGGGCGGGGUGUUGGUCUACAGUACCUGCACUCUGAACGUGAAGGAGAACGAGGAAGUGUGCAGCUAUUUGCUGGAUGCCUUCCCUGGGGCAGUGGAACGGGAGGCAUUGGAUUUGCCAGGCACCGAGAAGAUGCGCACGUCCGACGGCUUCUUGAGAUGCUGGCCGCAGAUCUGCGACACCCAGGGCUUCUUCGUGGCGCGCUUCCGGAAAACCGCCGAUGUGUCCGGAUCGGCGGAGGCGGAGCCGGACACAAAGCGCCUGGAGCGGCUCAGCGAGCGCGAGGCGGCCGCGGUGCAGCGCGCCUUCGAGUCCGCGUUCGGCUUGAAAGUUGACGGGGAUCUGCAACGCUCUGGCGGGGAAGUGUGGCUUUGCCCGGAGGCGCUCUCCGGGCUCCGCUUCUCGGGGCCGCGGCGCUGCGGCAUCCGCCUGGCGCUCACGCGGAGGUCAUGUCCUUCGGCCACGAGGUGCCUGAAGACGGCUUCGGUGCCUGGAGCCCUGGGGAAUCGCCGAGUGUCUUGA